AUGGCUGCCCAGCUGCCGGCUGACAAGGCCCUGGAGUUGGUGACAUUCAAAGAUGUGGCCGUGAACUUCACACAGGAGGAGUGGCAGCAGCUGGAGCCGGCUCAGAGGGGCCUGUACAAGGAUGUGAUGCUUGAGAACUUCCACAACUUGAGCUCCCUGGAAUCCCAACUGGGAGAGCCCCUGCCGUCACUGAGAAGUCCUGUGUGCCAGGAGUGCGGGGAGGCCUCUGCACACUGCACCGAGCUGGCGCAGCACCAGCGCGUGCACGCCCUGGACAAGCCCUUCGCGUGGGGCGAGUGUGGGAGACGCUCCCGCAGGAAAGCCACGCUCACGGUGCACCGGCGCGUCCACACCGGCGAGAAGCCGUUCACGUGCGCCGAGGGCGGCAAGGCCUUCUGCCAGCUUGCCAUCCUCACAGUGCACCGGCGCAUCCACAUGGGCGAGCGGCCCUACCGGUGUGCCGAGUGCGGCCGUGCCUUUGUGCAGAACACGCAGCUGCUCGGGCACCGGCGCACACACACCGGCGAGCGGCCCUACAAGUGCGGCGAGGAGAAGCCCUUCGUGUGUGACCUGUGCGGUAAGCGCUUCACCAAGCGCUCCUCCCUCCUCGGGCACCAGUGGGCCGCCAGAGGCGACAGGCCCCACCCCUGCAGGGUGUGCGGGAAGGCCUUCCGCAAGAAAUCCGAGCGGGUCAACCACCACCGCACGCACACGGGCGAGCGGCCGUUCAAGUGCUACGAGUGCGGCAAGGCCUUCAGCCAGAAGGCGCAGCUCGUGGUAUACUGGCGCAACCACACGGGCGAGAAGCCUUUCCACUGCAAAGCCUGCGGGAGAUCCUACAGCCAGAAGGGCUACCUCACCGUGCACCGGCGGACCCAUACCGGAGAGAGACCCUUUGCGUGCACGGAGUAUCCACAAGGGGCGAGAAGCCCUUACCGCUGCGGCGAAUGCGGGAGAAACUUCCGGAAGGUGUCCUUCCUGCUCCAGCAUCAGGCCAUCCACAGUGACGAGAGGCCCUUCCAGUGUGGCGUGUGCAGCAAGGCCUUCGUGCGGAAGUCCACCCUGGUCAAGCAUGGCCGAAUCCACACAGGGGAGAAGCCCUACUAG